GUAGCGCCUCAUUGAACUCUUUCACUUUGCCCUGUGUGUCGCCAUGUGUGUUUCUCAGUGUGAACUUUGACUGGUUUUUUGAUUGAUCAGACGUGCAAGGCCGUGCAACACGUAAGUGGCAUCAUGGUGGACUUCAGGGAGCCCAAGUACAAAUCGAUUGUCUUAGCUUUUGAUGGCGUCAUCAUUCCUAAUCGCUACAGCGCAUGCUCAGACUAUGAAGCGAAGCAUGACUUGCCGAAAGGGUCUGUUAAGGCUGCCAUGGAAACAGAGCUUAAAGAGAUUAGAGAAGACGUUCCAGAGGAGGAGAUGGCAAGGAGACUUGUUUCCUGCCUGACAUCAAACAGCAACAACAACCUGGGGUCAGCGGACGUCCUCCAGCUCAUGCGCAGUGCAUCUUGUGAACCGUACGCACAUACCCAUGAGGUCUUGCAGGUUUUGUGGGCUGCGGGGAUAAAGUUGGUUCUUGCUGUCAAUAACUGGAAGACGGAGAGCGAGAAGAAAACGCUGGAUAGUUUACGGGAAUACUCCAGCUGGGUCGUCGAGUCAGCGGUUAUCAAACAGCGCAUGCCUAGUAGCGACUUCUAUGAACACAUCAAGCAGCAGCUCGGCAUUAGUUCUGAUGACGUCAUCUAUGUGGACUGUGACGACAAGAAUGUAGAGGCCGCAAAAAAUGCUGGGUUUGUCACUCUCAAAGUUGAUUGUGACGUUCCAUCGUUCAAGGAGAUCGAAACCGCGUUACAGUUUCCAUUGAGAAGCCAGGCAGAAGAUCCAGAUCUUCCUGGACACCAUAACAUCAAGCUUAAUCUGCUGGCAAAAUUCCUGCAGGACGAGCUUAAACUACACCAAGAAGAUCCCCCGGCUAUUCGACAUUUCGAUUCGGCACUGGUCAAUCCAAUAUAUCACGUGACCUAUGGUGGCCAGGAAAUGGUUUUAAAAGGUGCCAUGUCCAUGCUUGCCAGCGAGGGCGUCAUCCGACAAUACAGAGUCAUGAAAGCACUUCAAGAUACUGAUGUUCCCGUCCCAAAAAUAUAUGGCCUUUGCACCGACAACAGCAUUCUUGGCUCUCCAUUCUUUUUAAUGGAAUACGUGAAAGGGCGGAUCUUUGUGAACCAAAGUCUGCCAGGAAUGAAACCUGCAGAACGAAAGGCAGUAUUCUUGGCAAUGACAGACACACUGAACAAGUUACACCAAGUUGAUGUUGAUGCUGUCGGUCUGGGUGAUUUGAGCGAGCGAAAUAAUUUCUAUCGUCGGUUUAUCGACACCUAUGUGCAACAGUACAGAAACGUCAACGACACCCCUAUAGAAGAUGCAGAUCGCCUGAUAGAAUGGCUUCAACGGGAAGAGAACCAGCCAAAUGAGGAGAGCCUGGUACUAGUGCAUGGGGACUACAGGAUGAACAAUAUGGUGUUCCAUGAGAGCAAACCGGAAGUAGUCGCCAUCUUGGAUUGGGAAUAUACAACGCUUGGAGACCAAUUUUAUGAUCUGGGCUACCUGUGUGGACCACCCUAUGCAUUCCCAAACAGCCGAACCACAAGGCCAGUUCCCCCGUUGUUGAAGAUGGAUCUGAAGUCCCUUGGAAUACCAACCCAAGUAGAACUUCUACAAGACUACCUCGUGCGAUCCCAGAAGCCCUUGCGGCACAAGUGGCACUUCUACAUGGCAACCGGCUUCUUCUUUUUUAUCUCGUCUAUCUCAGCCGUGUUGCCAACACUGAAACAACAGCAAAAAGGCAGCGAAAAAGUCAAUCAGCUCAAUGAAGGAAGCUUGUUACUAUUUUUGCGAGGCAUGAGUGCAGCAGCGUGGGGUAUAUGUCAAGCUGGGGAAGCCUCAAACCAAUAGAUCCCCUGCAUCAGUUAUAGCCUGGUCUAGGCAACGCCUUUCAACCCAGUUCUAGCUUAGUGAAGAAGAUGCCUCAAACCAAGGGGGUGGGGUGGGGGGGGGAUGGGGAGACAAUACAGAAACAUCAAGAAAAUUUUGGGGGCGCGGCCACGCCCUUCUGGUCAUUUCUUUAUAUUUUUAAAAUUGUGGGGGGCACGUGCCCCCAUUGCCCCACUCCCUGCUAUAGAGCGUUUUAAACCAGUUCUACCUUAGCGCGGGGGACGCCGCAAAUGUAUAAUUUAGUGAUCUUGUAUAUGCACGCUUUGAUUGUUCCUGCACUAUCAUUCGGUUCGCAAAAUUCGCAAAUUAAAUUUGCAGCUUGUAUGCAAUUUUGUACUCACAUUCUCGACUUCUAUACCGUUUCCUAGAUUAUCAUAAUCGGAUUCAAACACGAAAUCGAGGCUUAUGGUACAGGUCGGUUGGCCUGCAGCCUUAUUGAAAUUUCUGCAGUAUAGUUUUCUCACCAAACUACCGUAUUUUAAACCCUUCGACUAGGUACCUAGCUUCGUACAAAGCCUUGCUUUCUUGCUUUCGUACUCGUCCUCUAACUCAAUAAUCUCGAAAACGACUAGCCUACGUGUAGAAGAUUUAUUUCGCGACUACACGUAGGCUAAGAAACGGCCCAUUCUAAAGAAAAUAAUCCUGAUUGCUCGAAGUAUUUUGCUGUUGUUCAAAUGCUCGAAAAUGUUCAAGUUCGGUUGCCUCGUUUAGGGAAUGAAACAGCUAACAUCAGUGAUAGAUAACUAUCUAAAACAUUAUGUGAGAAAGUCCACAACAAACCAAAAGUGUAGAACGAAACGAUAGACAGAAAAUAAAUUUAUUUUCCCUUGUUUUUUUGACUAUAAGAAGACAUUAAACAAGGUCGUAUUACCUACCGAUAAGGUUCCAACACAGGUAGACUGAAUCUACAUCUGUCACAGUAAGGGAGAUAUGUGCAUGUUCGUCCUGUGGAAAAUAAAACAACAGAGCUUGUGA